UAUUUACAUUAAAAAAAAAAAAAAAAAAUCAUCCCUGCAAAAACCAUCAUACCAAGUUAUCGAACAUAGUUUCUUAUCCAUAGAUAUCCUCAAACCACUAGUAGUUCCAGGGAAUUUCAACGAAAACCGAAAAUGUUACUAUUCAACAGUUUAUCAGUUUCAGUCCCAACAAUUUCAACGAUUCCCUCGAUUCCUAGUCAUUUGAGUAGAUUUGGCCGGCAUUACCAUCACCUCCUACGCGUUCCCCGGCCAUUUUCUUCGAAUCCGCUACCCAUUGUUACAAAAAACCAAAACCCCUUCCUCUCUUCGGCCUUGGUAUCAACCGAAGAAGGCAAUACAGAAGUUGAAUUUCAAGUGUUAACUGCCAUCAACAGUAUAUACAACGACAUCGUCAUCGUAGAUACAGCUGAAUCACGAAUGCUCCUCCUUGACUCUACUCAUAAUGUUCACAGCAUCUUUAUGAAAGGACAGACAUGGACUGGUUCAUAUUGGGAUGAAUUUGCUACCUUACCAGCUAUUAUUCCAGAAGGUCCAAUUGCAAUUUUUGGAUUGGGUGGUGGAACAGCUGCACAUUUGAUGCUUACUUUAUGGCCUUCACUGCAGCUUCAUGGAUGGGAGAUUGAUGAAAUUUUGAUUGAUAAAGCAAGAGAACAUCUUGGAUUAUCUGAUCUUGAAAAGCAUACGGAAGAUGGUGGCGUUCUUCAUGUCCAUAUUGGUGAUGCACUUUCUACAUCAAGUAACAUUCCCGGGGGGUAUUCUGGUAUUGUUAUUGACUUGUUUUCUGGUGGAGAGGUUUUGGCUCAGUUACAAGAGGUGGAAACCUGGUUGGAAAUUAAUAAAAAAUUGAUGCCAAAUGGUCGGCUCAUGGUGAAUUGUGGUGGCAGUAGUGAUGCUAUAUGGGAGAAAAAUUCCACCAUUAAUGCCAUGUGCAAAGCAUUUCCUGGACAAGUAAAUUGGAAAAAGAUGCCAAAAAGUGAUGGUGAGAAUUACCUUGCAUUUACGGGUCCUUUACCGGAUUUGAGCAUGUGGAGUGUUGGUCUUCCUGAUAGAUUGAGUUCAAGCAUUAAGCAAUGGACCUCAUGUUUUCCUUCAUAAUUAGGUCAGUUCCCAUGUUAGAUUUUGUAAAUUUAUUGUGGUUUUGAUUUGCUAUUAAAUUGAACCAAUUUGUAGUUUAGGUUGUGUAGUAAAGAAGCAAGAUUUUUAAGUGUAUUGUUUAUAAAAUUAAUGGUGGAUAUCAAAUUAUCAAGUUUAACAACAGAAGACAUGAGUAAACCUAGAUUCUUUUAACUCUCCCUCAAACUUUCAGAGUUUGAACUUAUUCUACAGUUGUAUUCUUCUUCUUCUUCUUCAAUUUCUGUUAAGAUGUUCUUUUAGAUUAAAAUAGUAACAUACUUUUAAC